UCCCCCACUCUUCAGUGCUCCCUGGGGGCUGGAACUCUGUAGACAAACAUUAACUUUGGGAUAGACACUGUUUAUUUAUGUUCUACUCCUUCCAUUUUUACUGCAUCUACCAUUUGAUCAACAUGAAAUCAUCUCUGACUCUGCUGUGUCUGGUGGUAUGGAUGAAUGUGGAUGCUUCAUCAGCUCAGACUGAAGUGAAAUGUAAUUUAUCAUUGCCACCAACAAGAGGAACAAGUUACACACCUGCUGACAGAAAUCUGUUCUUGCCUGAUGAACGUGUAACGGUGACCUGUGCCUCAGGAUUCUGGAACUCUAUCUCACGUCAGACUGAAAAUACAAUGACAUGCAAAGAGGACGGAAAGUGGUCACCUUCCACAACAGAUUGUGAACGGAUAACAUGUGGUGAUCCACGUGACCCUCUUGUGAGUUCUCCCUACUACUGGCAGCGGGGUCAAUUUAGAGGAACUCAGCGUUACAACUGUAGAACCGGAUUUAAAACCACAAAUGCCCGGGGUGUUGCCACAUGCACAAGUGAUGGCUCCUGGACUCCAGAACCACUCUGUGAAGAGAUUACAUGUGACAAGCCAGAUAUCCUAAAUGCUGUGAUUAAAGACCCGAAAACAAGAUACAAAAUCAAUGAUCUGCUCACUUAUGAGUGUAAGAUGAAUUAUGAACUAUUGGACAGUACUACCAGACCUACUGCUACCUGUACUACAAAUGGCUGGACCAAGACACUUGGCUGUAAAGAAGUGAAAUGUAAUUUAUCAUUGCCACCAACAAGAGGAACCAGUUACAGACCUGCUGACAGAAAUCUGUUCUUGCCUGAUGAACGUGUAACGGUGACCUGUGCCUCAGGAUUCUGGAACUUUAUCUCACGUCAGACUGAAAAUACAAUGACAUGCAAAGAGGACGGAAAGUGGUCACCUUCCACAACAGAUUGUGAACGGAUAACAUGUGGUGAUCCACGUGACCCUCUUGUGAGUUCUCGCUACUACUGGCUGCGGGGUCAAUUGAGAGGAACUCAGCGUUACAACUGUAGAACCGGAUUUAAAACUACAAAUCCCCGGGGUGUUGCCACAUGCACAAGUGAUGGCUCCUGGACUCCAGAACCACUCUGUGAAGAGAUUACAUGUGACAAGCCAGAUAUCCUAAAUGCUGUGAUUAAAGACCUGAAAACAAGAUACAAAAUCAAUGAUCUGCUCACUUAUGAGUGUAAGAUGAAUUAUGAACUAUUGGACAGUACUACCAGACCUACUGCUACCUGUACUACAAAUGGCUGGACCAAGACACUUGGCUGUAAAGAAGUGAAAUGUAAUUUAUCAUUGCCACCAACAAGAGGAACAAGUUACACACCUGCUGACAGAAAUCUGUUCUUGCCUGAUGAACGUGUAACGGUGACCUGUGCCUCAGGAUUCUGGAACUCUAUCUCACGUCAGACUGAAAAUACAAUGACAUGCAAAGAGGACGGAAAGUGGUCACCUUCCACAACAGAUUGUGAACGGAUAACAUGUGGUGAUCCACGUGACCCUCUUGUGAGUUCUCCCUACUACUGGCAGCGGGGUCAAUUUAGAGGAACUCAGCGUUACAACUGUAGAACCGGAUUUAAAACCACAAAUGCCCGGGGUGUUGCCACAUGCACAAGUGAUGGCUCCUGGACUCCAGAACCACUCUGUGAAGAGAUUACAUGUGACAAGCCAGAUAUCCUAAAUGCUGUGAUUAAAGACCCGAAAACAAGAUACAAAAUCAAUGAUCUGCUCACUUAUGAGUGUAAGAUGAAUUAUGAACUAUUGGACAGUACUACCAGACCUACUGCUACCUGUACUACAAAUGGCUGGACCAAGACACUUGGCUGUAAAGAAGUGAAAUGUAAUUUAUCAUUGCCACCAACAAGAGGAACCAGUUACAGACCUGCUGACAGAAAUCUGUUCUUGCCUGAUGAACGUGUAACGGUGACCUGUGCCUCAGGAUUCUGGAACUUUAUCUCACGUCAGACUGAAAAUACAAUGACAUGCAAAGAGGACGGAAAGUGGUCACCUUCCACAACAGAUUGUGAACGGAUAACAUGUGGUGAUCCACGUGACCCUCUUGUGAGUUCUCGCUACUACUGGCUGCGGGGUCAAUUGAGAGGAACUCAGCGUUACAACUGUAGAACCGGAUUUAAAACUACAAAUCCCCGGGGUGUUGCCACAUGCACAAGUGAUGGCUCCUGGACUCCAGAACCACUCUGUGAAGAGAUUACAUGUGACAAGCCAGAUAUCCUAAAUGCUGUGAUUAAAGACCUGAAAACAAGAUACAAAAUCAAUGAUCUGCUCACUUAUGAGUGUAAGAUGAAUUAUGAACUAUUGGACAGUACUACCAGACCUACUGCUACCUGUACUACAAAUGGCUGGACCAAGACACUUGGCUGUAAAGAAGUGAAAUGUAAUUUAUCAUUGCCACCAACAAGAGGAACAAGUUACACACCUGCUGACAGAAAUCUGUUCUUGCCUGAUGAAAGUGUAACGGUGACCUGUGCCUCAGGAUUCUGGAACUCUUUCUCACGUCAGACUGAAAAUACAAUGACAUGCAAAGAGGACGGAAAGUGGUCAUCUUCCACAACAGAUUGUGAAUGGAUAACAUGUGGUGAUCCACGUGACCCUCUUGUGAGUUCUCCCUACUACUGGCAGCGGGGUCAAUUUAGAGGAACUCAGCGUUACAACUGUAGAACCGGAUUUAAAACCACAAAUGCCCGGGGUGUUGCCACAUGCACAAGUGAUGGCUCCUGGACUCCAAAACCACUCUGUGAAGAGAUUACAUGUGACAAGCCAGAUAUCCUAAAUGCUGUGAUUAAAGACCCGAAAACAAGAUACAAAAUCAAUGAUCUGCUCACUUAUGAGUGUAAGAUGAAUUAUGAACUAUUGGACAGUACUACCAGACCUACUGCUACCUGUACUACAAAUGGCUGGACCAAGACACUUGGCUGUAAAGAAGUGAAAUGUAAUUUAUCAUUGCCACCAACAAGAGGAACAAGUUACACACCUGCUGACAGAAAUCUGUUCUUGCCUGAUGAACGUGUAACGGUGACCUGUGCCUCAGGAUUCUGGAACUCUAUCUCACGUCGGACUGAAAAUACAAUGACAUGCAAAGAGGACGGAAAGUGGUCACCUUCCACAACAGAUUGUGAACGGAUAACAUGUGGUGAUCCACGUGACCCUCUUGUGAGUUCUCCCUACUACUGGCAGCGGGGUCAAUUGAGAGGAACUCAGCGUUACAACUGUAGAACCGGAUUUAAAACUACAAAUCCCCGGGGUGUUGCCACAUGCACAAGUGAUGGCUCCUGGACUCCGGAACCACUCUGUGAAGAGAUUACAUGUGACAAGCCAGAUAUCCUAAAUGCUGUGAUUAAAGACCCGAAAACAAGAUACAAAAUCAAUGAUCUGCUCACUUAUGAGUGUAAGAUGAAUUAUGAACUAUUGGACAGUACUACCAGACCUACUGCUACCUGUACUACAAAUGGCUGGACCAAGACACUUGGCUGUAAAGAAAUAGAGGGAGCAUGUAUCAACCCAACUGUGAUGAAUGGAUUCAUAGUUCAGUCAAAUGAGAGGAAUGUUGAUCCCAGGAAUAGCAAGAUAUACUCUUCCUGCAAUGUAGGGUUCAAACCCUCUACCGGGGGUUGGUGGGGUGAAGCCACAUGUACUGAGGGAACAUGGUCUGGAAUAUUAGAGUGUAUUGAUCAAUCACAAUGUGGCAGAAUCUCUGUCAUUCCCAACACAAGAAAGGUACCUCACAGUGAAGUCUAUAAGAAUGAACAAACUGUUACAAUUGAUUGCAAAGUUGGAUACACAUCUGAAACUAAGACUAUAAAAUGUAAGGAUGGAGAAUGGCAAACACCGUUACCAGCUUGUAGACCGCAAGGCGUUCCAUGUGAUCCUCCACCAAAAGUUGAAAAUGCAAUUGUUAAAAUCCUGUAUAAAAAUAAAUAUAGAGAGGGAUUUGAAGUGAAUUAUGAAUGUCGCAAGUCCUUUGAAAUAGAGGGACAUAAAAAACUUACUUGUGAAAAUGGGAGUUGGACAACUCCACCACCAACAUGCAAACAGUACUGUGGUAAGCCUGAGGGCGCAGGGAGGAGAAUGGAGAUUCCUGACCAAGUGCUGGAGAGAUACGAAAAUGGGAACCAAAUAGACUAUACAUGCAUUAACCCACACAAAGGCCCUGGAGGAACAGCAACUUGCAAGAAUGGAGAAUGGCACAUGCCAGUUGAGUGUAACGCAAGCUGUCCUGAUCCUCCUCCCAUUACUAAUGGAGAUUUCACCAAGGAAAAGAGAGAUGUUGAAGGUGUAAUUACAGAGGUGUCCUACCAAUGCAGCAGACAGUUUACACUGAGUUUCACAGGCAGCAUCAGAUGUCUGGAUGGAAAAUGGCCGAGCCCUCCAAAGUGUUUACGGCCUUGUGAGAUUUCCACUUUUGAUGCAGAGUACAAUCUACAGAAUUUACCCAAGAAAGAUUAUACUGCGCACGGUGAAAAAAAGACUCUUCAUUGCAAAGAGGGAUAUUACCAUAAAUUGAAACGUUAUUCACUAUGGAAUAUAGAAGAAAUUGAGAUGAAGUGUGAUGAUGGAGAGUUACAGUAUGGAGAACACAUGCCUAUAUGUAGCUAUCGUUAUUCAUAGGUAGAUGAUGAACAUAAUGGAGUCAUGAUGUUCCCUCCAUCAAUUUCAAGAAUCCUUACAAAGCCGCCUUUAUAUGCAAGGAGAAGACCCAUUUGCUUUUGUGGUGUCUGUCGCUUGUUUAAUUUAGAUUUAGAAGAAAUGUGAGCCAUCCAUCUUUUCAACAUUUGACAUUGUAUCAUCAUUGAAACAAAAUAACAGUAUCUUUCAAAUCAUAUCAGUCUCAGCUUCACUAUAAUAACAGUACAGCUAUCUAAAGCUAGACUAAAAUGGUACAUUUGUUAUAUUAGUACAAAGUGAUGUGAUUGUGUGAAUAUCCUUCUAUCAAGUUUAUACAUUUCCUGGCUGGGCUGAUGAGACAGUGGAUUGCGCAGUCAGUUGAAACAGAGUAAAUAGGCAUUUUAACAUCAUAGAUUUAGCCGGUGGUAGCUUGUGGAAUAGGCACCGGAUGGAAUGCGGUCUUAACCAAUCAGCAUUCAGGAUUAGACCGGACACGCUCUAUAAUGUGUAAAUAUUCUCCUGUAUCUCCCAGCUGUGUGAUUCAUUACCUGAAGGUGUAAUAUAAGUAGACAACUUUUAUGAUUGUGAUUGAGACGACACGUUGUCUCCAUGAGUCUUUACAAGGCUACAGUACAACAGAAUAAGAUUUACAGAUGUUAACCUAACAAAUGCACAUUAAAGCUGACAAACUAUUUCUCAGGUCA